AAAACAUUUGAGCAGAAACGUUAUAGUUAUAAGGUUAAUCAUACGUGAUACAAAUGGAAUAGACUUGCUGCCCAAAUCACACAUAUACAAUCGCCUCGCACUCCUACGAGUCAUUCAAUUAGUUGAUUCCACUGAUAUAGUUGGUAUGUGCUUGGCUAAUGUCUAAUUGUUUAUACACUGAUAACUAGUAAUAUAUGAUACAACUUAAUAACUAUUUCUGUGCCAACUUAAAUUUCAAUUAUCUGCACUGUUAAAGGCAUUUAUAAUGUCUUACUACUAUCAGGACGGCCAGACCCACCCGCAUCCCAUGCAAAUGCCACCUUUACCAGGUCAAGGAAACCACAAUUACCAACAUCACCCUCCGCCACCUGGAAUGAAUGUACCUUCUCAUUAUCCUCCACCGUAUAAUCCUCAACAUCCUAAUUCUGGUUCAUACCAGGAUCCUUCAUUUCAGCCAGAUUCAGCUCCUUAUCCUCCUUACUCCACUUGUCCCAUCAGCCCCAACGACAAGAAAUAUAAGAAAAUAUUGAAACAAAGGAACAAGAAGUUGAAGAAGAAAAAGUCAAAAUCUUCGGGUAGCAGUAGCAGCAGCAGUAGCAGUAGUUCUAGCAGCGGCAGUUCCAGCGACUCAGAUUAAACAAUUAAAUUAAUAAUUGCUUCUUAAAAUAAAGAAGAAGAUUAAUAUGUGAAGUCUACCAUUGAAGUAUUUAUUGAAAGAGUUUUUGGUUUGCAGCAAUAUUUUGCCACUAAAACAACCUGAACAAAGUGUCAUCAAUAUUUAAAUAUAUAAGACAGAAGAGAGAAGACUCUAUUAUGGAGGACUGACUCCCCCACAUCUAAAGUUAGCGUGUAUCGAAGGAGGAACUUACCGUGUCAUUCAUCGGUAACACGCCACGAAGACGGACGUAUUUCAAGAACAAAGUUUCCUACUUACCUACUUACGGCAAAUUAAUAUUCCUUCAAAAAUGUCGAAAGAAUUAAAAUCUGGCAUAGAUGAUUCAGUUCCCCAUGAAUUGGAAUUAAUACGUAACUCAAAAGUAUGUUUUGGGAGUACCAAACAUAGAAGUACUCUUCCUAUAGGAAAAGAUCUCUCUCCACAUCAAAAACGACAAGUGCGUGAAGAAUUUCCCAACAUUAGUCCUCCAAUGUAUCAUCGGCCCAAUGAUACCUUUAUAAACGAACUCUGGAAGAAGACUUGGAGCAAUAAGGGUACAGGAUUCUUUGCCAGUAAUUCGGAAGUACACAGUUUUAAGAUGAACAGAACUCCAUCACCAACCAGAUAUCAACGAACUGUAAAAUUAAUGCCAAAAACUCAAAUACCGUUCCCUUUUAAUUCAGCAGAAGUUCAUAAGAUGAAAAUGAGUACAACGCCUGGACCUGGUACUUAUAACGUUGCAGCCGUUGUUCUGGGUAAAAGACCUAAAAGUAUGUACAACUUUGGACGUCCAACUAUGAUCAAUAGUGUUGAAACAUACUGCACACCAUUUUUAAAUCAAGAAUGUCAUAAAUGUAAAGAACUGUGUGACAAAGAUUAUUGGCAUAAAGAUUUCACGUUAUUUUUGUGUCAUUUAUGCUGGUUGGAAGAGAAGAAUACACAAGAAAUAUACACGAUCAAACAAUUACGUUUAUUUAAGAAAUUUAGAAACUGUUCUUAUUUCCAUACACAUCAAAAUACAACAUUUGCAAAGAGUUUACUAUUGAAAAAAGAAAUGGACAAACGCAGAAGACUCGAGAACUACUUGGAUUUGUUUUUAGCAUGUUAAAUUUUAUAUAUUAUUGAAUAUAUUAACACAGAAUAAGAACUCACAUUUUCUUAAUAUAAUUGCCGAUCUAAUAGGAUAUAAUACAAUAUAUUUAACGAGUAAACAUUUUA